AUGCCUAACCACACUGGUAAACCAUGUAAAACGCCGAUGGGCUUUGCCGAUAUUGAGACAAUGGCAUCGCAUAUAAAAACUGGUCAGCACUUAUUCAAUGUACUUCAUGGAUUUUGCGGUAAUACAUAUUCUCCCCUCCGCAAGCAGUGCGCUAUAUUUAAUUGUCUUCUGCCCACUCCACCAAAAACACUAGGCGAUAUGUUUGCUUUCUACUACAAUUUCUUAGGUGAUUGGAAUAGGAAUGACAAGCGUAAGAAGCACAGGGAAGAGCCAUUUGAACAGGCUGUGAAAGGCGUCAAUUUCGAAAAUCCAGACACCGAUCUCGAUAUUACAUCCGUCUUUAAGAGCACUAAACAUAGUUCCGGCAAAAAUACGCCACACCACGAUGGAGAUCUCCACUCUCUCGUGAGUUGUAAUCCAACCUCUACUGCAGCCCAUCCCUGUGGCCCAUAUCUGAGGCCCCUGUCCAGUGACCUCGGUACGAUGCUAUCCAAAAAGAAUGCCGACAAAUACCUAUCUUGGAUAGUGUAUGUAACCGAAACAUUCUACGACCUGCUCAAGAAACUGUUUGAUGAGUGCAACAAACAAUGUGGCGGUGAUAAGCCAAAAUGUCGUAUCGCAAACUGUCCGACAACCUGCACUGUUGCCAAGCAGCCAACCAAGCUAAACCACAGUGACCCCUGCAAAUCCCUUGUCAACUGCAAAACUACGCUUCCCACUUUAUGUAGUUAUGGCUUCACAAUAGAAAACCCAUCUAAGCUAAGCGGUAUAGAAGGUGCGUCACUGAAACGCACGUGUAACGAUUUAUGCAAAAUAUUGGAAACAGUAUGUCAUGGACGAUCGGUACUUGCGGACAUGGUUGUUAACAAAAUACCACAAUUCUUAUGGGAAAUCAGGAAGAAAUUCUCAUACCUUUUGCUUGCCCUCUGGUCCCUCUCUUUGCUCUACCUGCUGCACAUCGCCGUCGUCCGCCUCGACGUCCUGAGGAUACGCUCACACCUGCGGUCACCCUCAAGCCACCGCAUCGCCGCGCAGUCCCUCCUCGCCGCCGCACGCGUCAAGGCACUCGCCAACGUCAAGUACUUCUCACCAUAA